AUGCUGCAGUGUCGGUUUUCCAUUCUCUCCGGGCUCUUCUUGGCUGAGGUUGUCUUCUUCUUCUUCGGCAGCGCAGAAGAGGGGCUGGAGUUCCCAAACUUUGAUGGUAAAGACAGAGUACUGGACAUUAAUGAACGCAACUACAAGAAGGCGGUGAGGAGGUUCGAGCUGCUGUGUCUCUUCUACCACGAGCCCGUCCCCAACCACAAGGGUCUGCAGAAGAGGCUCCAGAUGACGGAGCUGGUGCUGGAGCUCACGGCUCAGGUCCUGGAGAACAAGGACAUCGGCUUCGGGAUGGUGGACGCGCAGAGGGAUUUUAAAGUGGCCCAAAAACUCGGGCUGGUGGAAGUGGGCAGUCUGUACGUUUUCAAAGACGAUCGUAUAAUAGAGUUUGACGGCGAGCUCUCCGCGGACACGCUCGUGGAGUUUUUGUUGGAUGUGCUGGAGGAUCCUGUAGAAAUGAUCAAAAACGCCAUGGAGAUACGAGCGUUUGAGAGAAUGGAGGAAGAUAUUCGUCUGAUCGGAUAUUUCAAAGGAGAAGAUUCAUAUUUCAAGGCUUUCAGAGAAGCAUCGGAGCAUUUUCAUCCCUACAUCAAGUUCUUUGCCACGUUUGACAAAUCUGUGGCCAAACAUCUGUCCUUAAAGAUGAACCAGGUGAACUUCUAUGAGCCGUUCAUGGAGGAGCCGGCGGUUCUGCCCGGACGACCCCUCACCGAACUGGACAUCGUGGACUUUGUCACGCAACACAGGAGGGCCACCUUAAGGAAACUUCGGGCUGAGAACAUGUUUGAGACUUGGGAGGACGACAUGGACGGGAUUCACAUCGUCGCCUUUGCAGAGGAAGAAGAUCCAGACGGUUAUGAGUUUUUGGAGAUUUUGAAGGACGUGGCCAGAGACAACACAAACAACCCCGAGCUGAGCAUCGUUUGGAUCGACCCAGACGACUUCCCACUGCUGACGACGUACUGGGAGAAAACCUUCAACCUGGACCUCUUCAGACCUCAGAUCGGAGUCGUCAACGUCACAGAUGCCGACAGUGUGUGGCUGGACAUGUCCAACGACGAAGACCUCCCCACGGCAGAGGAGCUGGAGGACUGGAUCGAGGACGUCCUGAGCGGGAGAGUGAACACUGAGGAUGAUGACGGCGGGUUUGGAGAUGAUGAAGAAGAGGAGGAGGAGGAGGAGGAACAUCAGGGCUACGACAGAGAGGAAGACAGCGGGGAGAGGCGGGAUCAGUAUGAGGAUGAAGAUUAA